AUGGGCUGGUUUUGGGACUCGAAUGCGAACGAACCGACCAAUGAUUCCUACAAGAAGCUCGACCCUGCUCUGCGCGACUUUCUAGACAAAGAGUCACCGCUGAAGUACGAAGAUGUCAAAAGAAGAGAAACGCCCUCGAACGCACGACCCAGUGCAUCAUCACCGCCAUCCACAGACGCCGCGCCGAACACAUAUCGAUCGCAACUGGGUAUAAGUACUAUCGGAGCGGAGCAGGACCAGUCAGCUACAGUGCCACCAGAGAAUCGGCCUGCAGUACCCGCAGAAUCGUUGUUCCAGGACGGCAGAUACGCGCACUUAUGGAAGAACUAUCGUCCACAGGCAGAGAUCGAGGCUGCUGGACGAUCGGACCAGGAUCGGCUGGCAGAUGUGGUCGAAGCAUACAACGAUCGUAAAGCAGAAAUUGGGCGAGCAGCAAUCGAGAAUUGCGUGGACUAUCAGCUUGCUGCGAAGGAGUGCUUCUCGAACGGUGGCUGGGCGAAGAAGAUGACCAUGUGUAGGGAGGAGAAUAGAGCGUUCAACAGAUGCUACACUAUGCAAGGUCGCUUUCUGAAAGCGCUGGGAUAUCUGGCACAACAGCGCUCCGCGGAAGAAGAGGAGCGCAUACAAAUGCAUGCGGACAAGCUAUAUCAUGAGAUGCUCGAGCGAGAACGGAUCGCGAAAGAAGCGCAGGAACAGGGCCUCGAAGCUCCAGAAAUGCCGCCUCUCAUACAAGCCGAGGCAACCACUCAAGCGUUAGGACAGGACAGUGCAUGGGCGCGAGCAAGGCAGAAGGCGGCAGAGCGGGGCAUUCCCCAGACCCUGAGCUCGUAUCCGCCGGAGAAGCAGGAAGAGAUCAAGAGGAGGAUCGAAGGGUUGCCCCAGGACCAGAAAGACCUUGAACUACAACUCAUUGCAGCGGAAACCAGAGCUCAACUAGAGUAUGCCGAGCAGGUCACCGAAAGGCUCGAAGAGGAGCGUGUCCACCGAGCGCAACGAAGAGAACGAGGCAAGGAGACUGCUGGAGAUGCUAUCAAGAGAAUGUGGGGCUGGGACAAAUGA